GGGAAAGUAACCAUACACAUUGCUUGACUGUAAAGCUAAAGCUCUUUCUGCAAAUUGGCAGUCCAUUUCGCCAUUAAUCAUCCAAAAACCAACACCCAUUUCAACCUUUUCUUCUGUUUUUCUACAUUUGUCCCAUUUUCCAUGGCUUUUGUUUCCCCUUCUCUCUCUACUUCCAGUUCCCACCAUUUUCCUCUUCGUCUUCUUCGUCUUUCCCUGUUAUUCUCCUCUUUUUUCAUAGCUGUUUCCACUGUUUCUGUACGAGUAAUGGGUCCGGCUCCAUCUCCUUUCUUUUCCUAAUCGUGGUUUCAAGCAGACCCAGGGUCAUCAACAAGACUAGUACUGCGGGAGAGAACUGAUUGGCAUAGACCGGAGGAAGCUGUUCUUGGACCACAUGCCCUCGAAUUAUUUCAGCUGGGUAAUAAAUUAUGAAACAUCCAACAGUUGAUCAUACAAACGAGGGCUAUCUAUAAAACAACACAUAAAUAGGACUUCUACAAUGGGAGUGAAGCAUAUGCAUUCUAAUUCUACCAUGGUUGGCAAAGUCUCAAGGAGCCACAAAUUGCUGUGGAAAGCUGUUGAUAGACCUACCAAAGAACUUAAAUCGCCUUCUCCGAAAAAAUUGGCGGCUACAUCAUCAAAUAAGCAGCUAGAUCCAACAGCAUCAACAAGAGUAGCUUGUUGCAGAAGUCGGAGAUUUUGUACUUGUAAAAGUUGUAAUGAGUAUGGCCAACAUAAUGAGAUUAGCCUUAAAUUGGUCCAGAAGAAUGAAGCGACUGAGCCAUUUUCUAGUAAAAAAUUUGUUAGUGUGGCUGACCAGCAGUGUAAACAAUUACUUGAUGCAUUGGGAAUUUUUAAUUCAAACAAGGAACUGUUUAUAAAUCUACUACAAGACCCGAAUUCUCUGUUAAUUCAACACAUUGAAGACUCUACUGAUUCGCUGGACGGAAAACAGCAGAUGAGGACCUUCCUUGAUGGCAGAUUGUCAGAAAAUAAGAAGAGAGAAGUGGGGGAAUAUGAGGAGCCUGCCUAUGGUCAAAACUUGAAGCCCUGUGAUAGAUUGCCCUCUGAGGAAAGUGAUGAUUCUCAAUCCUUGGAGAGAAUAGUAGUCUUAAAGCCAAAUCCAACUAGCUCUCAAAGUUCUACAGCGGGAACCAAUUAUUGCUCUUCUCUGCAAUCUCAUUCUAGUUUCAUAAAUAAUAUGCAGAGUGACAAGAGAUCAACUUUUUCUUUCAGACAAAUAAAGAGGAAGAUGAGGCAAGCAAUGGGGGUCGGAAAAAAAGAAGGUGAAUGUCUAUCAAUUCAUGAGAUGUCCAAGAAAACUCCACAUGUUGGUAUGGAGGCAACUGGAAAAAGUUCCAAUAACAAUAUUCAAACCAGUGGUAAAGGAAUUUCUAGUUCUAUUCAAGAUUCCCUGAAAAGAGAUCAAAUAGACAAGGCAUUUUACUCUAGAAAUGGGGACAAGACGGCUUCGACAAGUGAAAGUACUGGCAAAAACGUAGGCCAGUCAGCUGUUAUGAGUCAUCUCAAACGACAGAAAUCUAAGAAGCAUGAAGGAGACAAAGAAGUUUCAAGAAAAAUGAAAGUAAAACCAUGGGGGUGGGUGAUGUGCUUUUCUGACGAUGACAUAAUGCCAUCAAAUAAACCGGGAAGCCAUGCUGCAGGUCAUAUGAGAUAUUCCCAACUUAGUAAUAAGAAAUUUGUUUAUGAGAAGAAGUCAAAGCAUCAGAAUGAAGGGAAAAAAAGUUGCGAAAUGCCACAAAUGGCUAAAGUAGAAGCUUCUUCUUCAGAGACAAGGAGAGAUGAUGACCAAUUACACGGGUCAAAUACAGAGUUGAAUAUGUCAUGCGUCAUUUUUCCUGAUGUCAAAGUGGAUGAAGAUCUUAAUAUUGAAGGGUCUGUGAAGAUCAUAAAAGACAUUGCCACUAUACACCAGGAAGGAAAUAAUUUUUGUGAAGCAUCAUCAUCUGGAUUUGAUGACUCCUGCAAGACUAGUUUUUGUCAGAGAACCAACAAGACCAAUGGCUUUGGAGAAGAAGGAAAUCUGGAGCUCUCGAAACUGAAUUCGCCUUUGGAGUUUCAACCAUCAGCUUUUUCGGUAGAUACAUUUCCAUCCUGCUCAUCAAGAUUUCAGGCAGUGGAAGAUCCUAAUGGUUUGCAUGAUAGAGAAGUGCAGCCAGUACCAGAAACUAUUCAUGACCAACUUUUGGUAGAUGCCACCUCUAGUAAUUCCGGUUUCGCCCCAGAAAUAGCCGAGUCAUCUGGUGAAGCACUUCCCAUUGAUUUUGAAGAGCACCACUGUGCUGGUUUGGCAAGGUUGCAAGAGGCUCUUAGUCCUACCAUCGCUUCCUUUAAUUGUUGCUGCUCCAUAUCUCAGUACAUACUCGAGCUGUUGCAAGCCUCGAAACAGAAUUGGGACGAACUAUCGGUAGAGUGUCAUUCUUCAGCUUGGCUGCGAAUUCCAUUUGUCGACAAAGCGAAGGUGUUUGGUAGCCAGUUAUGUGGUGAUUGUGUGCUUCUUUUCGACUAUUUUAAUGAAGUCCUUGAGGAUGUUUUCCACUGUUAUAUUAGAUGCUCCCCUUGGUUAUCGUCUUAUAAGGCACACUUCCAAGCACCAGAUAACGAGAGCGCUAUGUAUCAUGAAAUGAUGCAACAUGUGGACUGGCCACUUCUGCAGCAGCAACAGCCACAAACACUGGAGCAUCUAUUUCUAAGAGACUUGACGAGAUCCAGAACGUGGAUCGAUUAUCGAACUGAAACUGAAAAGAUUGUUACCAUUAUAGCAGAAUCGAUUUUAAGAGAAUUAACCAUUGAAAGUGUUGUAUACCUUGGUUUGUGAAGCUCCCCUUUAGCAUUAUAAUACAUCUGAUAUGUUCAGAGUUCCUAUGUAGAGUCACUCAGCUGUCUAUUUGAAUAGAAUAUCAAGCAUUCUUUGGCUUCA